GGACACGGGCAUGGGGAGGUGGCACAGACGUGGGAAAGGGGACAGAAAGGAAGAGGUGGCGCACACGCUCGCAGGUGGCACACAGAUGGGGAGGUGGCACAAACACACACACGAGGAGGUGGCACAGACACACACACACACAUUAUCGCGGGGACACCGGCGGGCAGAGCCAAGCCCUCCGAGCCCCGUGGCUCCUCCCGGGGGAGCGGCCAGCGCGGGGAGCGCUCCCGGAGCGGCUGCGGGAGGGGAGCGGCAGGCUCCUGCUCCAGCAGGAGAACAGCGCUGGAGCCGCGGCACGUUCAGCAUGGAAGCCGUUCCCGGUGAGGAGAACUCCUCUGUGCUGCCCAACGCCACGGAGAACGGGACGCUCCCGGAGCCGCCCCCGUUCCAGUACAUCCACAAGGUGCUGAUCCCCAUCUGCUACCUGCUGGUGUGCGCCGUGGGGCUGAGCGGCAACGCCCUGGUCAUCUACGUGGUGCUGCGCCACGCCAAGAUGAAAACGGUCACCAACAUCUACAUCCUCAACCUUGCCGUGGCCGACGUGCUCUUCAUGCUGGGCCUGCCCUUCCUGGCCACCCAAAACGCCAUCUCCUACUGGCCCUUCGGCUCCUUCCUCUGCCGCCUGGUGAUGACCGUGGACGGCAUCAACCAGUUCACCAGCAUCUUCUGCCUGACGGUGAUGAGCAUGGACCGCUACCUGGCUGUGGUGCACCCCAUCAAAUCCACCAAGUGGAGACGCCCCAGGGUGGCCAAGCUCAUCAGUGCCACGGUCUGGACCUUCUCCUUCUUGGUGGUGCUGCCCGUGAUCAUCUUCUCGGACGUGCAGGAGGACUUCCAGACGUGCAACAUGAACUGGCCGGAGCCGGUCAACGUCUGGUCGGCGGCGUUCAUCAUCUACACCUCGGUGCUGGGCUUCUUCGGCCCUUUGCUGGUCAUCUGCCUGUGCUACCUGCUGAUCGUGGUCAAGGUCAAGUCCUCGGGGAUCCGCGUGGGCUCCACGCGGCGCCGCCGGUCGGAGCGCAAGGUCACCAGGAUGGUGGUGAUCAUCGUGGUGGUCUUCGUGUUCUGCUGGCUGCCCUUCUACACCAUGAACAUCGUCAACCUGAUCCUCAUCCUGCCCGCCGACCCCGUCCUGGAGGGGCUCUACUUCUUCAUGGUGGUGCUGUCCUACGCCAACAGCUGCGCCAACCCCAUCCUCUACGGCUUCCUCUCCGACAACUUCAAGCAGAGCUUCCAGAAGGUUCUGUGCCUCCGGAAGGGCGAUGGAGCGGAGGAUGGAGACCCCGUAGAGCACAGGCAGGAGAACAGCAGCCGCCUGCAGGAGUCCAUGCUGACCCAGAGGAACGCAGAGUUCAACGGGCACAUGCAGACCAGCAAGGUCUGAGGGCGUGGCCCGGCACUGCGGAGUCUCCUGGAGGACUUGGGGACUUCAAGGUUCACGCAAAAGGGAAAUGUGGAGCCCUGGAAGCUCCAACAAAUGUACACAGAGGGCUCUUCCCUGCUCUUCCCAGCUGGAAGUGCCAAGCUCUCGUGGUGUCCUGAUGGAUCCGAUGUCUGGGACCACUUUGGGUGCUUCAGGGAAUGAUUUCCAGGCUUUGUACCCCUCUAGUGAUGCAAACCAACACUAAGCCAGCUCUAAUUCCCUUGUUAAGAUUGGUUUAAGGCUGCUUUGCACUGUUGGGAUCAGCUGCGAGCUGCAAACAGCUCAGCUGGGAUCCUUGGGAAUUCUUCAAGGGGAUUUCUGAAAGGAAAAUGAGAUUUCUUCAGAGUUUCAUGCAAAAAAGCACCAGCACUGCUCUGGAAAUGGGAUUUGAUGUGCUGGGUGCUGCCUUUGAUUUUUUUCCUGUCAUUAACCCAUCCCAGGGAGCCAGAACAGCCAGGAACCCUUCAAACACAGCCAGAAAGGAUAAAAAACCCAGAUUAGGAGAACAAUUCUGGAAAGGAAUCAGUGUAGCCAUGACAUUUCCACCUUCCCACCCCAUGAAAUGUGCUGCGACCUCGUUGUUGUGAUGUCAGUGCUGAUGGCCGUGGGCUCCUGGGGAGAUUUUGUGUCCAUUCCUUGGUUCUGAGUGUAAAUCUGGACUCAAAACUGCAUUUCCAGAAAUUCCCAGCUCAAUCACCUCUGAGUGUAAAUCUGGAUUUAAAACUGCAUUUCCAGAAAUUAAACCUAGCUCAAUCACCUAUGAGUGUAAAUCUGGAUUUAAAACUGCAUUUCCAGAAAUUAAACCCAGCUCAAUCUCCUCUGUGUGUAAAUCUAGACUCAAACCUGUGUUUCCAGAAAUUAAGCCCAGCUCAACCCCCUCCUGACUGAUGCAGUUGCCAGGCGAUGUUUGUGCCUCAAUCCUGGAGGUUUUUCCCAACUUUAAUGAUUCCAUAAUUCCAUUUAUUCUCUUGGAUGUGACACUCCCAAAGCCAGGAACUCACUGGGCACACCGAGAUGCAAGCACAGGAUGCACCCAGAGCCUGGCUGGGACCAUGAGUAAUUUACUCCCAGGUUUCUCCCAGUAGCAGGCAGUGCUCACCUGCCCUACAGCACAUUCCACAUCCCAGCACAGCCAGGUUUAACUGGUUAAUUAAUAAAAUUAACUUUUACAGUUGGUUUGGUGUGAGCUGGGCUGUGAUUCCCUCUGUUUUCCACCUGAAAUGAUUCCUCCUGGAAGCUCCUGAGUGGGAAAUGACUGGAAAGCUCAAGGUCGGGCAGGAAAAUCUGCUUUGGAAAGAAAAAGGGUUUUAAUAAACUCAGAUUUCUGGGAAGGAGUUAAACCCUGGCUUGGGCAGAGCAAAGAGCAUUUCUCCCCUCUUUCCAUGGGGUUUGAGCAAAUCCUUGGAAUUAACCAAGGGAAGUUUUAUCCAGAGGGAACAGACCCUGGAAAAGAGGUGGAUGAACCUGGGCCUUGUUUUCCAUGUGCUCCAGACCGAUCCCACCUCUUUUCCCAUCCCCUCAGAUCAGGAUGGGGAUCCCAAUUCCCAGAAAACAGAAAUUCCAGCCAGCCCAUCCAACAUUCCCAUUGGUAAUGCUGCAAUCCAUCAUAUUUAAGGAGUAAAUUUAGUAAAGUUGUCAAUGCCCCAAUUCCCAGGAAAAUUCCCUUUCCAGCCAGCAGCUCCCUGGGGAAUUCAGUGCCGUGGGAAUGAUGCUUUGGAGGAAUUUUUUUUUUUUUUCCCAGCCCAAGGAAUUUUUUCUGGGAGCAGCUCCUGCAGAUCAUCUCUCCCAGUGCCACUCAGCCUUUGCUCCAUGGAAUUCUCUCCUCACCCUAAAAAAUCUUUCCUCAGACCUGGAAGCUCCUCUGGCUUUUCCCUGAAUCCCAAACGCCAUUCCUGGGCUUCUCCUGGCAGCUUGGCAGUGGAAUUUUGAGGAGCCAGCUGAGCUGCCAACGUCCCUGCACACAUUCCAUCAAAACAUGUCAUCCUUCCACAAAGACUGACAAAUUCCCGGGAAAAUCUGUCCUCCCAGCCAGCCCUUCCCAGGAGGCUCCAGACAGCAUCGACACUCCCCAGAUCCUUGUUUUUCUCCACACAUUCCAACCCCAAUCCUUCAUCCCCAGGGAUUGAAUGACAUUUUUAAUACCUCGACAGACAAUCCUUCCAAAUUCCAGCUUAUUCAGCUUUUCCUUUGAUUCAUCCAAGGAUUCCAAAUGUUGGUACUGCUCUGCUGGAAGAAAAAAAAAAAAAAACAAACCCACCCACGGGAAGAUCAUGGAACAUUUGCCUGGUUCCCAUCUGACCUUCAGGAGGUGGAAAAAUCAUUUGGAUAAAAUAAAAAUUAAAUAAAAUAAUAAAUAAAAAAUAAACUGGAA